GAGAGGGAGCUCUAUAUUCACAUAAAAAGAGACCAGGACCAAUGCACAACAACAAUGUACAACUCCUGGCCCUUCACUCAUUCAGCAGCUUCCUGUAAAUGUACCCCCCGAAGUAGGAGGGCUUUUAUUUUUAAAGGCCUAGCCGGAAGUGUGAGUUUGCAUCAGUGUGUCCGAAUUGACCUCCGCCUAUCUCCACUUUCCUGCUCCGGCUCACAGCGGUGUACCUGCGGAGCGGAGUCCGCGGCAGAGGCCGGCCGCCGCUCGCCGUCACACGGAGGAUGACACACGGAGCUCCGACAGUCGCCCCACACACUGAACAGACCAUCUGAAUAUCCCCCCCAAAUACCAGCUGAGGACGAGACAUUCGGGCACCGUGACAGGCUCGGACGGGAUGCCUGGGAAGGCGAUAGAAAUCCCCCGGUUGUUUAAAUGCACUCACAGGCCACCGGCGGGAUGCUAAUUUGGUACAUUUAGGACACAGUGAAGCAGAAGCGGGAGGCAAAAUGGGAUUCCUGCACCAGCUCCAUCUCCUGCUGUGGAAGAACAUCUCUCUGAAGAGGAGGGGACCGUGGGUGCUGGCCUUUGAGAUCUUCAUCCCACUGGUCCUCUUCUUCAUCCUCUUGGGCCUAAGGCAGAAGAAACCAGCGAUUCCUGUCAAGGAAGUGUCCUUUUACAGUGCUGCCCCACUCACCUCCGCUGGCAUCAUUCCCAUCAUGCAGUCACUGUGCCCAGAUGGACAAAGGGAUGAGUUUGGUUUCCUGCAGUACAAGAAUUCCACUGUGACCCAGCUGCUGGAGCGGAUCAGUGAAGUGGCUGAACAGAAUCGACUCUUCACCUCUGAGUCGCCUGGUUUGGGUCAAGAGUUGGAAACACUGCAGCAGCACCUGGAGAAUCUCAGCUCCACCCCUUUACCACCAGACUGCAACUUCAACAGCAGCCAAGGCUUCACACUGGCUAGUGUGUUGAAGAACCAGUCUGUUUUUCAGCAGUUCCUGGUCAGGAACCUUUCUCUGUCAAACGCUACAACCAGCCUGCUGCUCAACACUCCAGUCAGCCUCAGAGAGGUGUACAGUCUUAUCUUUGGUACAUCUGUUAGAGAUGGAGGAGGGGCCCAAAGUUGGAUGCAGGGGGCAAAAUACACCAGUCAAAAACCUAAAGACAAAGUUCUUCAUAUAGAAGAGCAGCUGCUGGGAGGUGUGCACAGGCUGGAUGGAGGCCUGAUCCACAAAGCCUUACGUGACCCAACGAAAGCAGCCCAUAGGCAGGCACUGCUUAAACUGAUGUCCCAGGCUUUAGGCCUCUCUGAAGUCACAGGAAACCAGCGAAAUGACCAACAGGGCCUGAAGGAGGUCGAGGGGGUCCUCCUGACCGGAGCCAUGCUGGAGGUCCUCACCUGUGAGGAAGGCGAGGCCAGUGAGCUUAGUAACAUCCUGUUGGUGCCAGAGAAACAGCGACCGGUGCUGCAGGCCUAUCGCAGCACAGUUUGCAGCGGAGGAGAGGGUCAAAGGUCAGAGCGCUUCAGGCAGAUGAGCCUUGCUCUGAGAGAGCAGAUCAACACACAGAGUGUCACCAAGAAGCUCCACCUGGAGAAGCCCAGCUCUUUAGUUCCUCUGUCUCAGUCUCACCUUGGGGCCUUAUUGAAGGACCUGGCUGAUAUAGAGAGGCUUCUUAAAGAUGUGGACCUUCUCUCUGGCCUGGCCCGCCUGCUGCCCAAAGGAGCCUGUAUUGGACGAACUUCAGCCUCCCCCACCAACAUGACUUGGCCCCUUAACGCCACCACCUGGGGCCCAAACACAACUGACGUCCCCAGAGAGGACGGGGAGGAAGAAGCAGAAGGAGGUGGUAUAGGAGCAGGGAGAGGCGAAGGGAAGGAAGAAGCAGAAAACCCUCAUUCUCAGUUUUCAGCAUUUGUACAACUGUGGGCCGGACUGCAGCCGAUUCUGUGCGGGAACAACAGGAUCAUUGAGCCGGAGGCUUUGAAACAGGGUAACAUGAGCUCUCUGGGAUUCACCAGCAAAGAACAGCGGAAUCUGGGCCUACUGGUUCACUUGAUGACUACAAAUCCCAAGAUCCUCUAUUCCCCAAUUGGAUCCCAGGUGGAUAAAGUGAUUCAGAAGGCAAAUGAGACAUUUGCGUUCGUCGGGAAUGUGACACACUACACCCAUGUGUGGCUGAACAUCUCCGCCCAGCUCAGGACUUUUUUGGAGGAGGGCCGGCUGCACAAUCACCUGGUGUGGUUACAGCAGCUGUCCUCGGAGCUUCAGCAGCACCCUGAGCUGUUAAAUAGCACAGACAAUGAGCUGAUGCAGGGUCUGAUGGAGGGAAACUACAGUCUUCCUAACACCUCCACCCUGCUGGAGCAGCUGGACACCAUCGACAAUGCUGCAUGCGGCUGGUCGCGCUUCAUGUCUAAGGUUAGUGUGGAUGUCUUCAAGGGCUUUCCUGAUGAGGACAGCAUCGUCAACUACACCCUGAACCAGGCCUACCAAGACAACGUGUCUGUGUUUGCCAGUGUGAUUUUCCAGACUAACAAAGAUGGCACCCUGCCACCCCACGUUCUGUACAAAAUUCGACAAAACUCCAGCUUCACAGAGAAGACCAACGAAAUCAGGCGGGCCUACUGGCGUCCUGGGCCCAACACUGGAGGAAAAUUCUACUUCCUCUAUGGUUUUGUUUGGAUCCAAGAUAUGAUAGAGAGAGCCAUCAUCAACACGUUUGUCGGACAUGAUGUGGUUGAACCUGGGAACUACGUUCAGAUGUUCCCCUACCCAUGUUACACCAGAGACGAUUUUCUGUUUGUGAUUGAGCAUAUGAUGCCUCUGUGCAUGGUCAUCUCCUGGGUUUACUCAGUAGCCAUGAUGAUUCAGCACAUUGUGGCUGAGAAGGAGCACCGACUCAAAGAGGUGAUGAAGAUGAUGGGUCUGAACAAUGCUGUUCACUGGGUUGCUUGGUUCAUCACUGGCUUCGUCCAGCUGUCCAUUUCUGUCACCGCUCUGACAGCCAUCUUGAAGUAUGGUCGGGUAUUGCUCCACAGUGAUCCCUUCAUCAUCUGGCUCUUCCUCACCAUCUAUGCUGUGGCCACCAUCAUGUUCUGCUUUUUGGUGUCAGUAAUCUACUCUAAGGCCAAGCUGGCUUCAGCCUGUGGAGGAAUCAUUUACUUCCUCAGCUAUGUACCCUACAUGUAUGUGGCCAUUAGGGAGGAGGUGGCCCAUGAUAAGAUCACUGCCUUUGAGAAGUGCAUCGCAUCUCUGAUGUCGACCACAGCUUUUGGUCUUGGCUCCAAGUAUUUUGCGCUGUAUGAGGUAGCAGGUGUUGGCAUCCAGUGGCGGACCAUCAGCCAGUCACCAGUAGAAGGCGAUGACUUUAACCUGGGCCUAUCCAUGAUGAUGCUUAUCAUCGAUGCUGGUGUCUAUGGUGUGCUCACCUGGUACAUAGAGGCCGUGCAUCCAGGAAUGUAUGGGCUGCCCCGCCCAUGGUACUUCCCUCUGCAGAGGUCGUAUUGGUCAGGCAGCGGACGCUCUGAGACCUGGGAUUGGCCGUGGUGUGGAGGCAGUUCUGCCAGGCUCAGUGUGAUGGAGGAAGAUCAGGCUUGCGCGAUGGACCAGCGGAAGACUGAGGAGAUGCGAGGCAUAGAGGAGGAGCCGAGCCACCUGCCAUUGGUGGUGUGUAUAGACAAACUGACCAAGGUGUACAAGACCGGCAGCAAACUGGCUCUCAACAAACUGAGCCUCAACCUCCAUGAAAACCAGGUGGUCUCCUUCCUGGGACACAACGGGGCUGGAAAGACCACAACCAUGUCCAUCCUGACAGGCUUGUUCCCGCCCACUUCGGGCUCUGCCACCAUAUAUGGUCAUGACAUCCGCACGGAGAUGGAGCGCAUACGUCAGAACCUGGGCAUGUGUCCUCAGCACAAUGUCCUGUUUGACAAGCUGAGCGUGGAGGAGCACCUGUGGUUCUACUCCAGACUCAAAGGCAUGGCUGAAGAGGACAUACGCAAGGAGAUGGACAAGAUGAUUGUUGACCUGGAGUUAUCCAACAAGCGCCACAGCUUGGUGCAGACGUUGUCCGGUGGGAUGAAGAGGAAGCUGUCUGUGGCCAUCGCCUUUGUAGGCGGCUCCAGGGCCGUCAUCCUGGACGAACCCACAGCGGGUGUUGAUCCCUACGCUCGCAGGGCCAUCUGGGACCUCAUCCUCAAAUAUAAACAGGGCCGCACCAUCCUGUUGUCCACCCACCACAUGGAUGAAGCAGACCUUCUGGGAGAUCGCAUUGCCAUCAUCUCACAUGGGAAGCUCAAGUGCUGUGGCUCGCCUCUCUUCUUGAAGAGCACCUAUGGAGACGGAUACAAACUGACGCUGGUCAAAAAGCAGAGCGAAGGCCGAGGCCAGGGCAGCCAGCUGCAGCCUCCUUCAUCUCUGUCCCCGUCCUGCUCUCUGUCGCCUUGCUCAGAGGCCCGGGUCACCCAGUUUAUUCGCCAGUUUGUGGCAUCGUGUCUGCUGGUUUCUGACUCCAACACUGAGCUGUCAUAUGUCCUACCAUCUGACGCCGUCAAGAAAGGCUGUUUCGAGAGGCUGUUCCAGGCUUUAGAGCAGAGCUUGGACAGCCUGGCCUUGACCAGCUUCGGGGUGAUGGACACCACCCUGGAAGAGGUCUUCCUCAAAGUGUCUGAAGAGGACCUGUCUCUGGAGAACAGUGACGCCGACAUGAAGGGUUCGCCAGGGGGCAGCUCAGUGGGGAAAUCUUCAGUGGAAUCAGCAGACCUGGGGGGCCCACAGGGUGAGACUGGAACUUCAGCAAAGAUUGAGAAGCCGGAGGUGGAGCUGAGUAAUCUGAUGAUGUGCUCGAGGCUGAGCCAGAGCCAGUCGUCCUUGAAAUCCACCUCGUCUGUCGGCUCAGUGAGGGGGGAUGAAGGGGGACUCUAUGCAGACUUCUAUGGAGAUUAUUGUCCACUCUUUGACCACGGACAGGAGUCUGACUCAGCCAGCCUGCGGGGUGAUGCAGAGAACCCUUCGUCCCCAGAGCCGAUGGUGCUGGAGGGGCAGGGCAGCUUCAAACUGGACGGUUGGUGGUUAAAGCUGAGUCAGUUUCAUGGCCUCAUCGUCAAAAGGUUCCACUGUGCCAAAAGGAACACAAAGGGACUUUUCUCUCAAAUCCUCCUACCAGCCUUCUUCGUCUGUGUGGCCAUGACCGUGGCAUUGUCUGUGCCUGAGAUUGGAGAUUUACCACCCCUGAUCUUGUCCCCAUCUCAAUAUCAUAACUAUACCCAACCAAGAGGCAACUUCAUUCCCUACGCCAAUGAAAACAGACCCCAGUACAGGGGUAAGCUGUCACCAGACGCCAGCCCGCAGAAGAUCAUCAACACCCUCCGCCUGCCCUCGGGUGUGGGUGCUACCUGUGUCCUCAAAACCCCCUUCAACAGCACCCUGGACCAGCUGGCCCAGACCCUCAACCCCAGCGCCAAUAACUCCAAGACUCUGGCUGCUCGCUACUUUGACUCCAUGUGUCUGGACUCCUUCACCCAGGGGGUCCCCCUCUCCAACUUUGUACCCCCGCCUCCCUCACCAGCACCCUCGGAUGACCCAGACCCUCGCUUUGAGGAUGGACUCUGGAACUUCACUGUUGCUCCUCCCACCACAGUCCAUGAGCCGGUGACGUCUCCCACCACCCUCCCCCUUUCUGUCCAUGAGCCAGUGCGUUGCACCUGCUCCAUGCAGGGGACAGGCUUCUCCUGCCCCAGUGGGGUUGGAGGGCGACCCCCCCUCAUGAAGGUGGUGACAGGUGACAUCCUGGUGGACAUCACAGGUCGUAAUGUCUCUGAGUAUCUUCUCUUCACAUCCGACAGACUGCGCCUGCACAGAUAUGGUGGUUUAACAGUGGGGAACAUCCAGAAAUCUAUCCCUGCAUCCUUUGGGAGAAAGAUACCCCCAAUGGUACGCAAGAUAGCAGUUCGCAGAUCAGCUCAGGUUCUGUACAACAACAAAGGCUAUCACAGCAUGCCAACAUAUCUGAAUGUCCUCAACAACGCCAUCCUGCGCGCCAACCUGCCGUCAUCCAAAGGCAACCCUGCGGCCUAUGGUAUCACACUGACAAACCACCCAAUGAAUCGAACCAGUGCCAGCCUCUCUUUGGACUACUUACUCCAGGGCACAGAUGUGGUGAUUGCCAUCUUCAUCAUUGUUGCCAUGUCUUUCGUGCCAGCCAGCUUUGUGGUUUUCCUGGUUGCAGAGAAAUCAACAAAGGCCAAACACCUGCAGUUUGUCAGCGGCUGUGACCCUGUCAUCUACUGGCUGGCUAACUACAUAUGGGACAUGCUGAACUACCUGGUACCUGCCACCUGCUGUGUUAUUAUUCUGUUUGUGUUCGACCUGCCGGCCUACACCUCCCCAACCAACUUCCCUGCCGUCCUCUCCCUCUUUCUUCUUUACGGGUGGUCCAUCACUCCCAUCAUGUACCCAGCAUCCUUCUGGUUCGAGGUUCCUAGCACAGCUUACGUGUUCCUAAUAGUCAUCAACCUCUUCAUAGGCAUCACAGCAACUGUUGCCACCUUCCUCCUCCAGCUUUUUGAACAUGACAAGGAUCUGAAAAAAGUCAACAGUUACCUGAAGUCCUGUUUCCUUAUCUUCCCCAACUACAACCUGGGCCAUGGCCUGAUGGAGAUGGCUUACAAUGAGUACAUCAAUGAAUAUUACGCUAAAAUAGGCCAGUUUGACAAGAUGAAGUCUCCAUUUGAGUGGGACAUUGUGACUCGAGGACUAGUGGCCAUGACAGUCGAAGGCUUUGUUGGCUUCCUUAUCACCAUCCUCUGCCAGUACAACUUCCUCAGGAAACCCCCGAGGGUUCCAGUCAGCUGCCAGCCUAUUGAUGAUGAUGAUGUGGAUGUCGCCUGUGAGAGACGAAGAGUGCUGCGAGGAGACGCUGACAAUGAUAUGCUGAAGAUCGAGAACCUGACGAAGGUGUAUAAAUCCAGGAAGAUGGGUCGUAUCUUGGCAGUGGACCGGCUGUGUCUUGGUGUCCGGCCUGGUGAGUGUUUUGGACUGCUGGGAGUGAAUGGAGCCGGGAAGACCACCACCUUCAAGAUGCUGACAGGUGAUGAGUGUACUACUGGAGGAGAGGCCUUCAUUAAUGGAAACAGCAUCCUGAAGGACCUGUUACGCGUGCAGCAGAGUAUUGGCUACUGUCCACAGUUCGACGCCCUGUUUGACGACCUGACUGCCAGGGAACAUCUGGAGCUUUACACUCGCCUCCGUGGUAUUCCCUGGAAGGACCAGGAGAGGGUGGUGCAGUGGGCAUUGGAAAAGCUUGAGCUGUCAAAGUAUGCUGACAAGCCCGCUGGCACUUACAGUGGAGGAAACAAACGCAAGCUUUCCACUGCCAUCGCUCUGAUCGGAUACCCCUCACUCAUCUUCCUGGACGAGCCCACCACUGGGAUGGACCCAAAGGCCCGCAGAUUCCUCUGGAAUUUAAUCCUUGACAUCAUCAAAACCGGACGCUCUGUAGUGCUGACAUCACACAGCAUGGAAGAGUGUGAGGCUUUGUGCACCAGACUGGGCAUCAUGGUGAACGGCAGGUUUAAAUGCCUGGGCAGCAUCCAACACCUAAAGAACAGGUUUGGGGAUGGCUAUAUGAUCACAGUGAGAACCAAGAGCAGCUCUAAUGUGAAGGAGGUGGUUCGAUUCUUCAACAGAAACUUCCCUGAGGCUGUUCUGAAGGAGCGCCACCACACCAAGGUCCAGUACCAGUUGAAGUCCGAGCGGAUCUCUCUGGCUCAGGUCUUCAGUAAGAUGGAGCAGGUGGUGGAGGUGCUGGGCAUCGAGGACUACUCUGUCAGUCAGACCACUCUGGACAACGUGUUUGUCAACUUUGCCAAGAAGCAGAGUGACAACCUGGAGCAGCAGGAGGCGUUGCCCCCGGGUGAUGGACAGUCCCCCCUGCAGCGCAUCCUCAGCCUGCUCAAGUCUCGUUCGGCCAACACGGAGCUCAACGCUCUGAUCAGUGAGGCGCCUGAGGAGCUGGAGAGCGACGAUGAUGAAGGACUCAUCAGCUUUGAGGAGGAAAGGGUGCAACUGUCCUUCAAUACAGACACUCUCUGUUGAAAUGAGCAGCGAGAUGAGAGUAACAAAGGCCAUCUGUCUAAGGUCUGUAGGCGAAACAGAGCUGCUGACUUAACCCUGAAGAGGACCAAAACUCUGUGCACCAUGGAUCAUAGGACCAGUAGUUCAGUAUAUCAGCCUCAGCUUCUACAUCCCAAGAGGGACUGAGGUGAUUUAGGUCAGCUCCUACAGAUAGAGGUGAUGACCUGCAGAGCCUCGUUUACAGCUGGAGACACAGCAGCAGGAGUGCUUGCAUUUGGAUUGAAGACUUUGAAUGUUUCCAUAUAAAGAUUUUUUUUUUUUUUUUUUUUGAGAAUGUAUCUAACUAUAUGGCUGAUGGGUACUGUAGGUAAGCUAUCUUUGUUAGUGAAUGAACAUAUCUCUGGUGAUAUGUUGGUUGUACGCACCCCCUGCCAAAGGGGCCUCAUGUAACCACAGUGGGCCCUUUUUACUGUACCAAACUAGACCUGCCUUGAGAGCAUGUUGUGAUGAAGUUGAUUCCCAGUGGUAAUGUAAAACAGUAUAUUUUUCUGUGUCAAGAAGAAUGAUUUAUUUUGGAUAUUGAAGCAGCUACUGACGUGUGUGACUUAUUUUGCAAUAACGGGGAUGUAGAGAAAUGCACUUUGGGGACUGGACAUGCGUGCGAGUUGUUGACCUUUUCUUUUACCUUGAUGUCGAGACAUGAUGAAAAUCUCCAUGGCAUGGUUAUUGUCCUGAUGGUGCCUCCCUUCUGUCAACUUGUUUUAACACUGUACAUUUGGUCUCUUUCUACUGAAUGCUCUCUUUUGUGCUUUUAACAUAUCAUCAUGUUGUGGACUCUGCCAAGAAGAUCCUCUGUAAACCGGACACAGUGUAUAAUAAUAAUAUGAAUAAUGAUAAUAAUGAUUAUUAUUAUAAUAACAAUAAUGACAACAUCGCCAUCUCCAGUAACGUUAAUCAGCUUUGUAGCAGUCUGAAACUGAAGUGAACUCUGCUCAUAUUCCCUGACAAUAACUGCACUAGCAUCACUGUGACACUAAAGGGAACUCUCAGAUCACAAUAAUCUAUUGUUUAACUUACAGUACAUGUUUUUUGAUUUGCCGAGCUUAUCAUUUUUAAUGGAAUUUGGAGACCUAUUCACAGAAAUAUUCACAAUACAAAAACAUGGAUGUUUCUCUGACUGUACGUUGGCAUGUGGUUUUAACUGGUCUCUCUCAAGAGUUUUGUGAUAAUUGAGUUGUGACAUGUCCUGUCAAUAAUAACUGUUUCACUUCUUCUUUCACAGCUAAUUGCAGUCAUAUUUUUGGUGAUUAUUAUGGCACUGGUGGGCUGUUUUCCUACUUGAAGGGGUCAGCAUUAAACAAUAAAAACUGACUGUUUCAAUUUUCUUCUUUUCAUUGGGAAUGUAAAACCUGGAGGAAAGGUGGUUGAUGAAAUAUUGAAUAUUUAAAUUCAUUAAAUUCUCAGAAAAAGUCAAAAACAAAAACU